UUGAUAAAGGUAAAUUGACUCAAAUUAUUUUUCAUGUCUAAACAAAUUCAAUAGUUUUGUAUCUCUCGGUUCAUUUAUUUGUUGUAAAUAUUUCAAGUAGUAAAUUAAAGAAAUGGAGGAGACGCCUACCCUUCUGCAUGGAACAAUUGAAGCUACCAUCUUCAAUGCCUCACCCUACACAUCAUUUUUCCCCUUCAAUUGCAUAUGUUCAAAUGGAGAGCCUGCUUAUGUAACCAUCAAAGUAGAUAACAAGAAGGUUGCAAAAACAAGCAAAGAAAGAAACCGUAUUUGGAACCAAACCUUUCAUAUUCAAUGUGCUCAUCCUUCUGAAUCAGUUAUCACCAUUACAUUGAAAACAUUAGAUUCAAAUUUAGGAAAGUACCAUAUCAAGGCCCAACAACUUUUAAAGGAAGGAAGUAUAAUCAAUGGAAUAUUUCCUCUCCUCAUGGAAAAUGAAAAACCAAACCCUAAACUUAAAUUGAAAUUUAUAUUAUGGUUUAAGCCUGCAAAAUUGGAACAAAGUUUGGCAAAGGUACUAAGCAAUAAUGAAUUUCAAGGGUUAAAGGAUGCAAAAUUUCCACUAAGGUCUAAUUGUCAAGUCAAACUUUAUCAUGAUGCUCAUCAUUCUCCUACCUUCCAACCUCCCUUUGAUCCAUGUGGUACUCCAAAAAAUUUAUGGGAGGAUGUUUAUAAAGCCAUUGAGGGUGCAAAGCAUAUAGUUUAUAUUGCAGCUUGGUCCCUAAAUCCCAAGAUGGUUUUGGUAAGAGAUCCACAUACAGAAAUCCAACAUGCUAGAGGAAUGAUUUUGGGUGAGCUAUUGAAGAAGAAAGCAGAUGAAGGAGUGGCUGUGAGAGUUAUGAUUUGGGAUGAUGAAACAUCAUUGCCCUUUAUUAAGAACACACAUGAUGAGGAUGCUGUUACAUAUUUCAACCACACAAAAGUAAUAUGCAAAAACUGUCCUAGAUUACACCACAAAUUCCCAACACUAUAUUCUCACCAUCAGAAAACUAUCACAGUAGACACCAAAGUGCCUAAAUCUGUUAGUGAUAGACAAAUUAUGAGCUUUGUUGGUGGAUUAGAUUUGUGUGAUGGUAGAUAUGAUACUGAACAACAUUCAUUGUUUCAAACACUCAUUAAGGAAUCACAUUGUUAUGAUUUUUACCAACCAAACAUUCAAGAAGCAAACCUUAACAAAGGAGGACCAAGAGUGCCUUGGCAUGAUGCUCAUGCUUGUGUUAUUGGUGAGGCUGCUUGGGAUGUGUUAACAAAUUUUGAGCAAAGAUGGACAAAGCAAUGCGAUCCUUCGCUUCUAGUCCCUACGAGCACCUUGGUUAAUCUCAUUCCUCAAACAAACUCAAACACUUCAAUAGAAACUAAUUGGAAAGUUCAAGUUUAUAGGUCUAUUGAUCAUACUUCUGUUGAUGAUUUUUGUGGAAAUUUCAAUGUGGAGAGUACUAUCCAUGAAGCUUAUGUUGAAGCAAUUAGGCAUGCUGAGAGGUUUAUAUACAUUGAAAACCAAUACUUUAUUGGAGGAUGCCAAUGGUGGGGAAAAGAUAAGCAAUGUGGAUGCACAAAUCUAAUUCCAAUUGAAAUUGCACUUAAGGUGGUAAGUAAGAUCAAAGCAAAAGAGAGAUUUGCAGUGUAUAUAGUUAUACCAAUGUGGCCAGAAGGAGUGCCUGAAAGUGAAUCUGUUCAAGAUAUAUUGCAUUGGACAAGAGAAACUGUGGCAAUGAUGUAUAGAUUGAUUGGUGAAGCAAUUAAAGAAAGUGGUGAAAUAGGACAUCCAAAAGACUACUUGAAUUUCUUUUGUCUUGCAAAUAGGGAGCAUAAGGGAAAAGGAGAGUAUCUUCCAUUGGAUUCUCCUUAUCCUGAAACACAAUACUGGAAUGCACAGAAAAAUAGAAGAUUCAUGGUUUAUGUUCAUUCCAAGCUCAUGAUAGUGGAUGACAUGUACAUAUUAAUAGGUUCAGCUAAUAUGAACCAAAGAUCCAUGGAUGGAAAAAAGGACACAGAGAUUGCCAUAGGAUGCUUUCAAUCUCAAGAUGAACUUGAGAAACAAACAAACCUUGGUGAUGUUCAUGCAUACAGAAUGGCACUAUGGUAUGAGCACACAAAUAGUGUUGAUGAAUUAUUCUUAGAGCCACAGAGUUUGGAAUGUGUGAAAAGAAUGUGUUCAAUUGGAGAUCAAAUGUGGGAAAUCUACAGCAAUGAAGAAAUUGUAGACAUGGAAGGUGUGCACCUUGUUACUUAUCCAAUGAGGGUAACACAAGAAGGGUAUGUGAAAGACUUGAGUAAUGGAGUUUAUUUUCCUGAUACAAAUUCUCUAGUGAAAGGGAAGAGAUCUACAUUGUUGCCCCCUAACUUGACCACUUAGGAUCAAAUUUGGUGCACUGUUUAUAAUUUCAAAAAUUGCUUUAAAACAAAUUUGACAUAAAAUACAAUGUAAUCAUUUUUAUCUAUAAAUUGAAGAAGAAUAUGGAUCUCAUACUUUUCACAACAAUUAGUUCUAUCUAUAGACAUAUUUAUCAUCACUUCUUGCUUGAUCUGAGUAAUAUAGAAAAAAUUAUUCAUAAUUCUCAGUCCAAAAUAUAACCAAUAUAUUUCCAAAACACUAUUUUUAUAUCAACGGUAC